ACCUACAGACGUUUUUCCACACAAUGCAACUGGUUUCUUGGAUAUAUUUAUUGGCCUGUUCAUUACCUGUGGUUAGGAGUGCGUAUAUGUUAGUAGCUGCUCCAGUUGGCCAAAAUAUUACGGAGUAUAUGCAUGCGCGCCAGAAGAGGCAUCAGUUGAUCUACCGGAAUGGAGGAACCAUCCGUUUGGUAGUGGGUCCCGUGCUGUCCACUCAGCUCGAGGAUCCCGUGGUCUGGCGCAGUUUGGUCUACUACUAUGUGCUGCAUUUCGGGGCAUUUACCCUGCCAUCGGCACCACUAUAUCCCUGGGACAAAUGGGAGACGAUAUAUGCGCGUUCGUUGCAGGAGAAGAUCAGGAGCUUGGAUGAGACGCACGAGGACGACACUCGCCUGUUCGUAUAUGCCGCCUUGGAGAACUAUAUGGACCAAGUGAGUGGAUCUCCUGGUCGAGGUCGUCACUGUUUGCUGCGAGGGAUCUGUGAAAAUGCGCAGGUGCAUCACCAUGUGGGCAUCAUGGCGGAGCUACUAGUCGUUCUACUCACACCUGGUAAAACGCGCUUGGAUGUGGCCUACAAGGAGGCUUUAGCAGCUGGCCAGGCUGGAAUCGAUUGCCUAGCUCGCUAUUCGGAUUGUCCAAGGGGUGAAAGUGUGCUGGAUGCAUAUGCUCUGGAUGUGGAGUAUUGAAAAGGGUUUUUUUUUAAACUGAUGUUACGACUUGAAUAAAUCAAGUUAAUUCAAUGAUUACCACUGAUAGUGCUUUUCAGUAAGAUCAACUGGAAUCACUGUCAACUUUCGAGUAUAUCUGCUCACAUGAACAAUCUAGUUACUCCGUUGAAUUUUUAACACUAAUUGCAAGUGAUUUGCGCCCUUGUCGUCGCCACGCCCCCUUUAACUCCACCGACUGGAGGAUGUCGCCUUUGGUAAACCAGAAACACGAGUGCAUCCAUGCCAACAUCCUACCCCAGAAUCUAGGCGAAAAAUGCGUUAACAUUAAUGGCUUGUGGCUGGUGCAAGUUGGGCUUGGAAAGCGGUGCAGCGAAAGCCAACACACGACCGCCAUUUUGUCAACAAUGGCGUCAAUUAAAUGGAAAAUGCGGCACCACCAACAGCCGCCGCGCGGCAAGAACGCCGGCAGCAGCAACGAAAGACAAUAAAUGCGUCUUAAGUGGCACAUUAGGCUCGCAGACGGUGCCAAGCGGAUGGAAUGGGCUUUCCAACAGGGUGCAGCAGAUACUAUUUUAGUCAGAGAUUUCCCUAG